CUUUUAACAGUUCGCCACAUUUCAGGAGACACACACCACCAGAGUCGUGCAGAGAGUGUGUGUGUGUGUGUACGCGUGUGUGACCGAGACGAGACACAGACACAGCGCAGAAGAAGUCGAACAGUGAACGAAAAAAGGGAUUUAAGAUCAGCUGAGAGGCUGAGAAAAAUAUACGCAUAUACACACGGGUGACUUUUCACCUCACAUCGAACCUGCAGGAUGUUUAAGAAAAGCACCAAGGAUGUCACCAAGGACAGCAGCACCUUCAAGGCUUCGUCCAGGAUGACCAAGACCCAGGUGAAUGACCUGACCUUAGUGAUCGCACGCAUGCAGAAGUAUGCUGACACAGUGGAAAAAGACGUGCUGAGGGCUGAAGACCUGAUGGUCAUUGAUGCAGAAAAUGAUAAGAAGAACAUUCCCUUUAAACACCAGAAGGAGAAUUCCGAAUGUCUGGCUGAGGCCGAAGGGCUCCUCAAGGAUCUUUUCCUGGAUUUGGACAAAGCCAAGAAAAUGAAUCACCCACAGGCAGGAGAGAUCGAGAAAGAUGUGAGUCGACUUCAUGAGCGCUGGCUGAAGGACUGCGUGUUUUAUCGUGAUCUCUACAGGCAGAUGAAUGAAGUUGGCCUUCAGCCGCGCAUCAACUGGAUCCAGGUGUUUAACCAGAAACAGAAAGAGGUCAACUCAGAGGCAUAUGGGCCCACUAUGUCUGAACUGGAGAAGCAGAUCGCAGCCCACAACAUUCUACACAAGGAGAUCGAAGCCUACAACACACAGCUCAGCCCAGACAGCACCAGCUCUAAGGAGGAAUAUGCUGAGCUCAAGAAGCAAUACGCCAAUCUCUUGGACAACUCCAAAUGGCGCCAGCACUACCUGAACAGCCUGUACGACUACAUGCAGUGCUGUAACAAAGAAGUCGGCUACCUGAACGACGAGCAGGCCAAGAUCCUCCAACAGGACUGGAGCGACCGCAUGGUGGAUCCGUCCGACGUCCGGCGCCGCUAUGAGCAUUUUAAAAACAACAGCCUGCUGUCUCAUGAGAGCGAGGUGAACAAACUGCAGGACGAUGGAGAUCGUCUGAUAGAAAUGAAACACCCUGCAGCGAGCACCAUUCAGGGCCACAGAGACAAGUUGAGGAACGAAUGGCAGAAAUUUCUGAACCUCUGCAUCUGCCAGGAAACACACCUGGAGAAUGUGGAGGAAUACAAAAAGUACCAAAUGGAUGCCGAGACCUUGUCCGAAUCGUUGUCCGGCCUCAGUUCCACCCUGGACCCUAAAACUCUCUCGAAGAAGUCUAACACCGAGGUUCAGCUACAGCUAGAUGCAGAGGAAAGGCCUCUUCAGCGCUCUGAGCAGCUCUUGGCAGAUCUGAGAAAGCGCAGCACCACCAUCGCUCCUCUCAAACUCCGCCGCACAGCCCCCAGCCGAGCCACCACCAUCGAGUCUCUGUGUGACUGGAACACACCCAAGGGCUCCGUAUCCAGAGGUGAGAAGCUUGCCUUGAAGUCCAACAACAACAAUGCGAAAUGGGACGUGCAUUCCAGUGAUGGGGCCAUCAACUCGUUUCCUGGAGUGUGCUUCCUGAUUCCUCCACCUGACACAGAGGCCAUUGACAGAGUGGACCUGUUGGGCAAAGAGCUGGAGGACCUGAAGAAAAGACGUGCAGCAGUCAGGUCCACACUGAAGACUCAGGCCCCUGAAGCAUCACGACCAGUGCAAUCAGGUUUUUCGAAUUCUCUGGAGAGCCCUAAAGCGACAGAACUCAGUGGACGUCUGAAUCAGCUGGACAAAGACCUGGCUCUCGCAGAACAGGACAUGCUGAACCGAAUGAGAGCUCCACUGAUCAGCAGCAACCCUGCUGCAGAUCUUAAUAAUCGUCUGAAGGAACAAGAAAAAGCUGCAGCGACUCUGCGGCAGCUGGAGCAACAAAAAGCGGCUGUACAGAGGGACCUCGAUCCUCUCAUAUCCCAGGACUUCAGAGGCCCAGUGUCCUCCAGUUUGCCUGAGAGACUGGGCCAGGCCAAAAACAAACAAGAAAGCCUGGCUGCUCUUAAUGACCUCUACACCAAGAAGGCGAAUGCAUCCCUGAACUUGGAGAACCAAAUAAGAAAAGUGGACGGGUUGGUUUCUGGUUUCGAGAAGCAGCUGAGUAGAGAUGGUGCUGUUUUAGAUUUUCCCAACAGCCUUCCGAAUCGCAUCCAAGACAUCCAAAAUCUGAAGAAAGAUGUGGCCGCUGCCCAACCUGAGAUGCAGAAGCUGAACAAGGAACUAGAGACGACCGAAAAACUGUGCAGUUCCCUCCAGCAGGGAUAUCAAGAGUACUGCCCUGACAUACGCAGGCAGGAGACUCAGGUUAAAAGCCUGCAAAACCGCUAUGCUAACAUAAACAACCAGCUAGUAGACAGGGAGAGCCUUUUACAAGGGGCUAGCAGCAAGAAUAAUGACUUCCAGAAUGCUACCCAGUCACUUGACACAUUCCUGGACAAUUUGCCCAACAACAAGAUCAGACCAUCGGACGGCCUAGCCGAAGUCCACGCGAAGCAAACUUCUCAAGAGAGAGUAGUAGAGGACAUUAAAAGGAAAGGUUAUGAAGUGGACAGGAUGGUCGAUCUCUCUCAGGAUCUACAAGAUAUCCUCAGUGAAUACAGUGUCAACUCCGACAAGUACAGAGCUACUCUGAAAAACCCUGACGCAGCAGAUAGUCGAAUGGUUUCCAUCCCUACUCUGGCAGAGUCUGUGUCAAAACAGGAAAAAGCCCUAGUGAACCGCUAUGCUAAUUCAGCAGCUUCAAAUGGCCAGCUUCUCAACCAGAUGGACUUGGCCAAGAAUCUUCUUGCACAGAAAGAGGAUAAAGUAGCCAUGGUACAGCAGCAACAGCAACUGCAACAAAAAAGCAUAGCAGAGGCUGGAACUCUGCAGAGGAAACUGGAAGAAGAAGUUAGCAGACGCAACCAGGUCGAAAACGAGCUUAGAGUGUUUCAAGAUAGGAUGUUGUCCCUCAAGAGCAGGAAAGGUGUUGAACGUGUGGAAGAGAAGGAGGUCGUACAGUACUACCGUGAUCCAAAGCUUGAGGCUGAUUUGAACGACUUUCAGAAAAAAGUCCACGAGGAGGCCUUGCGACGAACCGGAAUCCAAAGUGAGAUUGAGGUGUUUACUAGAAAGAUUUCGAAUAUGGAAACAGAAAUUAAGGGUGCGCAGCCAAAACUGGUGACUAGAGAAGUGACCAAAUAUGAAAGAGACCCUCAGUUGGAUGUGGAAGCUAAACGACUGAGGGAUGAGAUAAACAAACUGUUGAAUGAGGUCAAAGUUAAAGAAAGCCAAGGAGGUCAACUGAAAUCUGAGAUGUUCCUCUUGGAGCAAAAGAGACCCACUAUCAAAGAAAGAGUGGUACAGAAAGAGGUUGUUCGAGUAGAGAAAGAUCCUGAGAUGCUGAAGGCUGUUAUGUCAUGCAAGAUGGCAAUUGAAGAUGAGGAUGAAAGGGCCCGUACUUUGACCAAUCAAAUAGUCCAAAUCAACAGUCAGAUAAGCAAUCUUGAAAGACUCAUCCCUACCUUAGAGCCCAAGUACGUGACCAAAGAAGUGAAGAAAGUUGAACAAGACCCUAUACUCAUUAGCGAGUCUGGCAAGCUUCGUUCUAUGAUCGAGGAACAACAACACCAGAAUAAAAUGCUUCUCAAUGCAAUGUCUGAUCUUCAGGCACGGUAUGCCCAAAUCGACCAGCUCAAGCAAAAGAUAGACAUCAAGGAGAUUGUUAACGAGAUCUACAGGGUUUCCCCAGAGACUGAAGCAGAGAUAGCACGUCUGAGGAGAGAAUUCCAGGAUACUAACAGGCAGACCUCUGAUUACGACAGAAAGAUCAAUUUGGUCCGAAUUGAUUUGGAAGCUCUCCGCUCUCAGAAGCCAACAAUCGAGUACAAAGAAGUGGUCCAAGAGGUGGUGAAAGAAGAACGUAGCCCAGAGAACCAGAGAGAGAUUCAGAAGCUCUCAGACCACGUCUAUUCCCUGCAGAGAAACUACAGUUCCUUAGAAGACGAGCUGAGCCGUCUCAGGAGAGAGCGGGAUGAACUGAAGGCAGAGAAGUCAAAGAUAGAGACUAAGGUGGUCACUAAAGACGUGGUCAAGUAUAUCAACGAUCCACUCUUGGAGAAGGAAGCAGAUCGUCUAAGGAAGGAGGUACGCGAUGAGGCACAGACCCGCAGAAGCAUAGAGGAAAUGGUAUUCGAUCUUCAGAACAAAUACAUACUGCUGGAGAGACAAAGACCAGAAGAGAAGGUGGUAGUACAAGAAGUGGUGAAAUUAGAGAAAGAUCCAAGGCAGAUCGUAGAGCUUGAGAGGCUGGGAAGAACCCUGGAUGAGGAAGUAAACAGUCGUAGGAAGGCAGAUCAGGAAGUGCAGAGACUAAGAGCUCUGAUAGAAGAUUUGGAGAGGACUAUUAGGAACAGUGACGAGAGGCAAAAGAAGAUACAGGUGGAGACCGAGUUGUCCCAAAUUAGAUACCGUAUCAAUGAGCUAGAGAACGCACCCCCACCAGUUCAGGAGUAUAUUGUUAUGGAGGAAGUUUUGAAAGUAGAGAGGGAUCCAAAACUGGAAAAACUGAGCAAUAACCUGAGGACAGACUUUGACAACGAGAGCAACAAUGUCAUGCGUCUGGAACGAGACAUCAGAAAUUUGAAAAUCCAGCUCGAGAUCCUGCAAAAGGAGAAAUCUUAUGAGAAAACGGUCUACAAAGAGGUGGUCAGGGUAGAAAAAGACCCAGCAGUAGAGACUCAGCUCUCUCGCUUGAGAGAUCAGGUGCUCCAGCAGAGAAACGCCAGAUUAGACUUGGAGGAUGAAAUCCGUCGUGUGAACGAGAAACAGGAGCGCCUGCAUAGCAGAAGAACGACGACUUCUCAAGAGGAGACUAAUCUUAUACGUCAAAGGGAUAACCUCCUGAAAGAAAAACAGGAUCUCCAACGACAACUGAGAGACCUGGAGAGCGAUCAAAAAGAAGUCAGCAUCUCAUUCCAGCAGCAGUCCAGGCUCAUGAGUGAAAGAUCCCAAAUGAACAGGCAAAAGAGCAUAAAGAUGGAGUCUGACAUUCAGCGCUUGGAGAGGGAGAUUCUGGAUGAGAAGGAUCGGAUUUACAAGCGUGAAAACACCAUCAGUGAGCUGAGGAACAGCUUGAAAAAAGAGGAAAGCGCCUCAGAAACUCGUACGCAGGAGAAGAACGUCUCCACCAAAAUUAGCAUCCUGGACCCUGAGACCGGUAAAGACAUGUCACCAUAUGAUGCUUACCGUCGAGGGCUGAUCGAUCGUAUACAGUACAUCAAUUUGCAGGAGCUGGAGUGUGACUGGGAGGAGAUCACUACAAUGGGACCUGAUGGUGAGACGUCUGUAUUGCAAGAUCGCAAGAGUGGAAAGCAAUACUCCAUUAAAAAUGCCCUCCGAGAUGGCAGAUUGACCAAGUAUCAAUUGCAGCAAUACAAAGAUGGAAAGAUGCACAUCUCUGAGUUUGCGCUUCUCGUGGCUGGAGAAAAGAAUAAGCCAUCUACCCUCACAUCCGUUACCAGCCAAACAACUUCCCAGAAACCUCCUCCUUAUAAAAAAUACACUCCCAGUACCUCUGAGGAGAAACUCCCAAUUUGUGGAAUUUACGACAAAGAUACCGACACAAGCCUUUCAGUGCGCUCGGCCCUGGCCCGAAAGAUGAUUGACCCCACUACAGCCCAGAGGUUGUUGGAGGCACAAGCAGCCACUGGCGGUAUUGUGGAUGUCAACAACAGAGAAAGAUAUUCGGUCCAUAAAGCAGCAGACCGAAGCCUGAUCGAAUCCAGCCAGCUGCAGCGCUUGCUCAAUGCCCAGAAAGCCUUCACCGGGGUUGAAGAUCCGGUAACUAAAGAACGUCUGUCGAUCGGAGAGGCUGUUCAGAAGGGGUGGCUGCCUAAAGACACGGCCUUGCGUUACAUGGAGGUGCAGUAUCUGACGGGUGGCCUCGUCAGCCCCAAUCAACCGGGCCGAGUAAACAUAGUAGAUGCGGUCAAAGAAAAAAUGAUCGACAGUGCGAUGAUGAGAGAGCUUCAGGAAGAGGCAAACUACAUCAAGGACAUAGCGGAUCCAAUUACCAAGCAGAAGAUCAACUACAAGCAAGCCUUGGCGCUCUGCAAGCCAGAUCCUUACUCAGGCCUCCCUAUGCUUCCUGCAGCUUCUACAGAUGCCGGCUACACGCCUUCGUACAAGAGCCACAGAUACGGCAACUACUCUUAAGACAUGUUUCAAGCCUAAGUGAAGAGCACAGCAGGUUCUGAAGAUUCUUUUCAAACGAACAAUAAUCCACUCAGUGCAACCCAGUAAUGUUUAUACUAAUGAUGCUCAUAUUGUUGUAAAUCUCAGGAAGAAAAGAGCUGCCAAAUCACACCACCUGUGUAAUAUCUAAUAAUACUGGAGCACACACGUGUCUUAAUGUCACAGCUAAUAGGGAUUACUCUGCAUUUUGCUUAUUAUACUUAUUAUCUGGCAUGCACUGGCUCUUUUUAAUAUACAGUGAAUAUAAUUAUUAGCACAAUUUUGGAUAGAAUAGCAUUUUUAAGGGCUUUCGCUGCUGCUGUGGAGAGAUUUGUUUACUUUAUUUGCAUGGAGUGAGAAAUAACAACCAUAUAUAUAGAUAUUCUACUUAAUGGUUAUUAAAAAAAAAAAUCUUUCAGAGUUUAUCUUACUUGGGAUGAUGGGCUGGGUAUUUUUUUUCUGUUAUUUGCUUAAAAUAUGGAUAAUUAUUUAAAUAUUGUUUUUGAGAGAUUCACCCGUCUUGACAAUGUUAUAAAAUAUACAUAAUUGUUCGCUGAAAUGUUAAAUAAAAUGGAAAAAAUAAGGUCUUGUUUGGUUAACACAAAAGCAAAUAAAACAACCAGUACAUAA